AUGGCUUGUACAAGACUACAGAGUAGUACAAAGCUGAAGAAAAUUUUACAGGAUUCAAAGGAUGGUGUAGUAGAGGCUGAUGUCAGAAACAGAAUUCAGCCACUAAAAGAGCAGCUUACGAAUACAAUAAAUCUUCUACACACUAUCUUCGAAUCCCAUGUAUUCAUUGCAACCUGUCGAGGUUAUUGGGAUAGGAUGGGACAGGUAGAAAUCGUAGAAUUACUUGCAUCUGGAUACUAUUAA